AUGAGAGUGCUAUGUACAGAUCAAGAUAAUAUAAAUUUUGUCAAAGAUUUACUUUUAAUAGGCAAAGGCGAAUUUCAAGCAACGAAUGAUAAAAUAAAUAUUAAAAGUUUCUGUAAUUCAGUACCCACUAUAACAAAAUUGAUUCAAAACGUGUACCCGAACAUUCAAAAUAUAUCUUCUAAAUCAUUGAAAUGGUUUCAAGAAAGGGCUAUUUUGUCACCAACACAUGAGCAAGUCAACAAAUUAAAUGAUUUGAUUCUAUCUGGGUUUGACGCUCAAUCACAAAUGUACUAUUCAGUUGAUACAGUUUUAGAAAAAGAGGAUGCAGUCCACUUCCCAAAUGAAUUUCUUAACUCUUUAACGCCUUCUGGAGUCCCACCACAUUCACUGAUUUUAAAAAUAGGGGCACCUAUUAUUUUAAUGAGAAAUUUGAGCCUACCCACACUUUGCAACGGUACAAGACUACAAAUCAAAAAAUUGAGAAGUUCAUUAUUACUCGAGUGCAUAAUAUUAACAGGCUGUGCAUUUGCAAUGACUAUAAAUAAAGCACAGGAACAAACACUUAACGUUGCUGGAAUUGACCUAAGCGUUCAAUGUUUUUCUCACGGUCAACUAUACGUCGCCCUGUCACGUGUGACAUCCAAAUUUAAUUUGUAUAUUUUUGCCUCCGAUCCAGAAAAAGUUGAUAACGUUGUUUACAAAGAAAUUUUUUAA